AGGGCGCUGUUCAACAUUUCUGGAUUGGCAAGAUGGCGUUGUCUUUGAGUCGCUACGGUCGACACUUCUUCGCCAAAAGUAACGGAUUUAGUAAUAUUUGCAAGAGAAUCCAAGGUGUAAAUGCUGUCAUUUCGUCACAACCAAGGCGCGAUCUAUCAAUUCAUGAGUACAUGAGCUAUGACCUCUUGAGGGAAGCAGGGGUCAACUUGCCUAAGGCGGAAGUUGCUAAGACACCUCAGGAGGCCUAUGAGAAAGCCAAAAGUCUGGGUAGUGAGGAUGUUGUCAUCAAAGCGCAAGUGUUGGCUGGAGGUAGAGGCAAAGGAACCUUUGAGAGUGGCCUGAAAGGCGGAGUCAAAUUAGCAUACUCACCAGAGGAAGUCAAAGACCUUGCUAAGCAGAUGCUUGGUCGGAAGCUCAUCACAAAGCAGACAGGACAGGCUGGAAGACUGUGUAGUGCUGUCUUAGUCUGUGAACGGUUGUACUCAAGGAGGGAGUAUUACUUCGCUAUUACAAUGGAAAGAGCAUUCAUGGGGCCAGUGUUGAUUGGUAGUUCUCAAGGGGGAGUGAACAUCGAAGAUGUAGCAGCAGAGGACCCUAGUGCAAUUAUCAAAAUACCUGUUGAUAUCAUGAAUGGAAUCCAGGAUGAGGAGGCAGACAAUAUGGCAAAGCAAAUGGGAUUCUCAGAAAAUUGUCAAAAGCAGGCUGCAGACACGUUCAAGAGGCUGUACAAUUUUUUCAUUGUGAACGACUGCACAAUGUUAGAGAUUAACCCACUGACAGAAGACAACCAGGGCUCAGUUCUUUGCAUGGAUGCAAAGAUAAACUUUGACGACAAUGCAGCAUACAGGCAGAAGUCGAUUCAUGACCUGAAGGACUGGUCUCAGGAAGAUGAGCGAGAGGUGAUUGCUGCUCAACACAACCUGAACUACAUUGGGCUAGAAGGAGAUAUUGGAUGCCUUGUGAAUGGCGCUGGUCUAGCAAUGUCUACUAUGGAUAUCAUCCAGCUCCAUGGAGGAUCUCCAGCAAACUUUCUGGAUGUUGGAGGUGGAGCUACGGCUGAGCAGGUCAAGGAGGCGUUUAAACUCAUUACAUCAGACAGCAAGGUGAGAGCUAUCUUGGUCAAUAUCUUUGGCGGUAUCAUGCACUGUGACAUCAUUGCUAAAGGUAUCAUAUCAGCUGCUCAAGAUCUGAAUCUGAAGCUGCCUAUUGUUGUAAGGUUACAAGGCUCCAGGGUUGAUGAUGCCAAGGCUCUGAUAGCUGCUUCUGGAAUGAGAAUCUUGGCCUGUGAUGACUUGGAUGAAGCUGCCAAAAUGGUUGUGAGGCUGUCUACAAUUGUUGCUCUAGCCAAGGAUGUAUCAGUUCAUGUUGACUUCCAGUUGCCUCUAUAGAAACAGUCACAGUUCAGCGUUUCAUACCAAGUGUUACCUAAUGGACUCAUGAGUGUUACCCAGUGGGCCCACGGGUGUUACCUAAUGGACUCAUGAGUGUUACCGAAUUGACUAAUACAUUUCUUAUGAUAGGGAUCCGAAGGUGUAUCUCAAAAUUCAUCGAUCACCUAUACUUAGGACCGUCUGCUCUGCCUACAGUGUUUCCCUUACGUAUAUCCUUCUCCCUUUAACAAGUGAUUCUUGAAAGAACGUCUCGUUUCUGAAAGGAACAUUCUGAAUAGGACAGAAACUGUCAAGUUUUGAGUUACUUCCUUUAAAACGUCACUUCAUUUGUGUUAUCAAUUUUCAAAGAAGCUUAGUUUUCUAGUAAGCAAUGUUUAGUUCCAGUUGGCCUACCACGUUGAAUGAAUUCAGAGGGGAUUUUUUAUUUAUUGAGAGCAAUGUGAAAUAAUCUUCCCUCCUGGUUGUUUUCUAGUUUUAUUUUGAAGAACAGAGGGACUUUGAACUUCCAGUUGUUAUAAAAUAUGCAUUGUGUAAACAUUAAGACUGAUAGUUACUUUAUUCACAAUUAAAACAACAUGCUAUGUGCCAUUCAAAUUAAUUUUUUGCCAGUUUUCAAUAAAUUUCCAGAUUUCUUUAUUAGUCCACCCAGUAGUUUUUGUAAAAACUGAUUAAAAAGAGUUACGAAGUCCAAUUUGUGCAAAAUCUCUGAAUCCGCAGCUCUGUGCCUGAAGCUUUGCAAUUGUGUCUGGUCGUAGAAAAUAUUCGGACAGAGGGUAAAAAGACAUAAAAACAAAGUUUAUUGUCCGCAGUAUUAUAUUUUGCUAAUAACAUGCACAAAAAGGACACGAUGUUAGUUUCUGCCCUGUUGAAGGGAAUUUUUUGUUCCAGACACAUCUGAUAUCAUGAUGGAUUUUCGUUACAUUUCUAGCCAUUGUUUUCAAUAAAACUCAUUACAGUUAGUGUAUUUGUAAAAAAAAGUUACCACCCAAACUAGUAUGACUCACUUUGCAGUUUUCUCACCUUAUAAGAAAAUGGUUAGCAACACAUUAUUGAUUUUUAAAAUGGAGUGUUUUUGUUGGGAGAAUUCAGGUAUUGUAUAUUUCAAGACUGGCAACCUGUUACUAAAAAUUGGGACAUUCUUGAAAUAAACAGGGAAUUUACUAAAAAAA